CUCCGCGUGCCAGACCAGAAACAACUCCGCUCCAGAGAGAGGAAAGACGCAAAGAUGAAGGUGUCGUACGUGGCCGCUUUCCUCAUCGGGCUCCUCUCCCUGGAGAGCCCCAGAGCAGCUCCAUUGAAAAAGCAGUUGUGGUCGGUGGGCUCCGGUAGCGUAAACACCGGCAAUGUGGGAGAUGGCAGCUUUGACGACAACAGCCAAAACAACCAAUUCUGGUCAGUGGACUCCGGUAGUGUAAACACCGGCAACGUGGGAGAUGGCAGCUUUGACGACAACAGCCAAAACAACCAAUUCUGGUCAGUGGGCUCCGGUAGCGUAAAGACCGGCAAUGUGGGCGACGGCAGCUUUGAUGACAGCAGCCAAAACAACCAGUUCUGGUCAGUGGACUCGGGUAGCGUAAACACCGGCAAUGUGGGAGACGGCAGCUUUGACGACAACAGCCAAAACAACCAGUUCUGGUCAGUGGGCUCCGGUAGCGUAAACACCGGCAACGUGGGCGAUGGCAGCUUUGAUGACAACAGCCAAAACAACCAGUUCUGGUCAGUGGGCUCCGGUAGCGUAAAGACCGGCAAUGUGGGCGAUGGCAGCUUUGACGACAACAGCCAAAACAACCAGUUCUGGUCAGUGGGCUCCGGUAGCGUAAACACUGGCAACGUGGGCGACGGCAGCUUUGACGACAACAGUCAAAACAACCAGUUCUGGUCAGUGGGCUCUGGUAGCGUAAAGACCGGCAAUGUGGGCGAUGGCAGCUUUGACGACAACAGCCAAAACAACCAGUUCUGGUCAGUGGGCUCCGGUAGCGUAAACACCGGCAACGUGGGAGACGGCAGCUUUGAUGACAACAGUCUAAACAACCAAUUCUGGUCAGUGGAAUCCGGUAGCGUAGACACUGGCAAUGUGGGCGACGGCAGCUUUGAUGACAACAGCCAAAACAACCAAUUCUGGUCAGUGGGCUCCGGUAGCGUAAAGACCGGCAACGUGGGAGACGGCAGCUUUGACGACAGCAGCCAAAACAACCAAUUCUGGUCAGUGGGCUCCGGUAGCGUAGACACCGGCAACGUGGGCGAUGGCAGCUUUGAUGACAACAGCAAAAACAACCAAUUCUAGUCAGCGUACUAGGCUCCCAGAAACCCACCACAACAACUGCCCUGACGCUUUCUGUCCCGUGCUCUCACCCAUCUCAGCCUGAACAUGAAAAACACAGCACGCUCCGGUGGAAUUUGCUUUUGCCCUGUUCGAUGAUUUGACUGUAGGUCGCAGUUCUUACCCUUCCGUUGCCCCUCAAA